GGGUAACAGAAAUUUGUUGCAUUUCGAAGCUUUCACGUGACUUAUGACAGGGCCAGUCGGGAGGCGCGAGAAAAAAAUGAAAAAAGAAAAGUGAGGGAACGUCACCUCCAGCAGAUUUUUCAUACCUUUCUGUCUGUACUUGUUUUUGCUUUGUAUAUCAUAGCUCUAUGGUCUGCGAUGUCCUCAAUAACAUCACAACCACCGACAAGAGGUUCAGGGAUGCCACAUUUGUCAAGAGAGACGACGUCAGAACAGAAAGAUGUCCUUGAUGCUCCACUAAAAGUCACUCAUAAUCCGACCCCGUACUUCUUAGAAACACCAAACGAGCGUGACAGGCGUAUACGGAACUUAUUUGAAUCCCUCGAUCGAAAUGCUAAAGGUUACCUUGAUUCGGACUGCAUCCUGAAAGGAUUUCAGCAGAUGACCCACUUGCCAGCCAGAACAAAGUACGCUCGUGAUCUACUGGAGAAGUGCGACACCAGUCAGGACGGUGUCAUAGAUUACGACGAAUUCAAGAUAUAUGUGGAAGAACGAGAAAAAGAACUAUGGGCUAUGUUCGAAGAGAUUGAUAGGAGUGGAGACGGACGAUUGCAGCCUGAAGAACUGGAACAUGCUUUACAGCGAGCGGGUAUUCGAGUCACUAAAGAUGAUUUCUGGCAGUUUAUGGAGGCUAUGGACUCGGAUGGAAAUGGAGUCAUUGAUUUUCAAGAAUGGCGGGAUUUUCUUUUGCUUUUACCCAAAGAGACCAAUAUUACUGAGGUCUACAGAUAUUAUCAAACAUCAACACAGCUUACGCAGGAUGCCGAAGUUGUUAUUCCACCCACAGAUGAAGCAGCCCGUAAUGCUUUCAAAUACCUAGCAGCAGGAGGGUGCGCUGGCGCUGUAUCUCGAACUUGCACAGCUCCUUUCGAUCGUCUCAAGGUCUUUUUGAUCACCCAGACGACUGCGACUACGAAGGAAUUAGCCUCUAAUCGAACGAAAAGUACCUUACUCUCGGCAAUGAAAACUAUUUAUUCACAAGGAGGCAUACGCGGCUUUUUUGUGGGAAAUGGACUCAAUGUUAUCAAAAUUGUUCCGGAAUCCGCCAUCAAGUUUUGGGCAUUUGAGUCUGCAAAAUCUGUUUUAGCCAGAGCUACUGAUGCUGAAGACAAAAAUUCUAUAUCUGUUGGUGCACGUUUCAUUGCUGGUGGCAUGGCCGGCUUAUGUUCGCAGUUUUCAAUAUACCCGCUCGAGACCCUCAAGACACGCAUCAUGUCGAGCAAAAUCAUUUCGUCAUCGACUCCUCCGACUCCUCCAACAUCUGGUCGUUCUGACUCUUUGAUAUUAACAACAGCGAGACAGAUGUAUCGAUCUGGUGGUAUUAGGGCAUUUUGGCCGGGAUUGACGCUGGGUCUGAUCGGUGUUUUCCCUUACCAAGCCAUGGAUUUGGGUAUCUAUGAAACCUUGAAACUAACUUAUCUGGGAUAUAUGGAUAAGGCCGAUGGAAAGGUACAACAACCUAACGUGUUUGUACUUUGGGGAUGCGGAAUGGUUAGUGGAUCUAUAGGCGCUACCAGUGUCUAUCCCCUCAGCAUGAUUAGAACUAGAUUACAAGCUCAGGGCACUCCAGCUCACCCACAAACAUACACAUCGGCUUGGAACGCUGUACAAAUCACUUAUGGAAAAGAAGGAAUUCGUGGAUUUUAUAAAGGUUUGGGGCCAACGUUGUUCAAGGUUGUACCUGCUGUCAGUAUCAGCUACGUAGUAUAUGAGCGCAGCAAGCGCUCACUAGGCAUAUCCUAGGAUACCAAAUGUACCAACAUCUAGAUUUUAUUGUAGGCAAUAUUAUAUGAUGUAUUUGUAAAUACUUCACUUCCCUCAACCAAAACCAACA